UUUUUAAAAAUAUAUUUUAAAAAUAAUUUCUAAUUUCUAAACAACGGUUUUUCUUUAUAAUUAGAGUGGAAUAUGUAAAAAUAACCACUUUUAAUUUAAUAACAAAUAUCUUCUAUUAAUUAAAUUGUAAGGGAAUUAUUAAUUAUAUAAAUAUUGUAAACAAUUUUGAAGUUAGAAGCAAGUAACUUUUUUUGUUUUUCCUCAAUUUCGACUUUUCAUUAAUAAAAACAAGGAGACAUUUGAGGAGCUUUUGAAUAUUAUUGAAAAGAAUUUCGCGUCAUUACAAAUUCUAGACUGUGAUUCUGAACAUAAAUUAAUUAAAUCCGAAGGAUUUUCAUUUAAAAGAUCUUAUCAAUCUGGACAUUGCAAAAACAUUGUUACCACACACAUGUGGAAAGAAUACUUUGAUACAAAUUUAAAUUCAAGACAGGUAAAAGACUCUCAAUGGCAAGAAAAAUCUAAAGGCAAUGAACCAGACAAUCUACAAAAGAAUAAUUUAACAUUAAUCGCAUCUGCGGCAAUUAAAAAUCAAGUAUUUCAAAAGAUAACAAAAAUGAAGGAAGAAAACCCCGAAUACAUGGAAGUAGAGGAAUCAAACAUUGGCGGAAUAUUGGCAGAAAAGCCAAUAUAUUCUCGUAUCGGCCCUAAAAAAUCAUUUCCAUCUUUUUUUCCCCUUCCACCUACACCAACGACAACUUUUGUUACAAACAGUACAACCUCGAUAGUAUUAACACCAUCGAAACUUGCGAGAUCAAGUCGUUCUAGUAUCACUCCUGUUUCAAAUUUAUCCGAAGACGAAACAACUUCCUUAAAUGUAAGUCGAUCAUUUGGACAAUUUACAUUCAAACAAAAUGAAAUAAAUGAUGUAAAGGAAAAUUUAAACAUAACGAAACCAAUUCCCGCUAUUAGGAAUUCAGUUUCCAAAGAAAUAAUCGACGUAAAACAGGAACUUGAGAAAGGAAAGAGAAAACUACGUCCAUUAAUGCAAGAAAAGAAACAGAAACCAAUUUACAGUUGUUCUUGUUGGCAAAUUAUUUUCUUUCUACUACUUCCUGUUUUGGUUAUUUUGAUAUCGGCAAUUUUCAAUCAACCAGAAACAAGUACAAUGUUUUUUAAUCCAACAUUUAAUUUUACAAAUGUCACGGAAAAUCUUCCAAAAUUUGUUCACGGACAAAAUAAAGCAAUUAUGGAUAUUGUUGAAUUUUUCAAAUUGGAUAAUUCAAAUUUUAAAAUUAUCACAUUUAUCGGUGGAACGGGUGUGGGAAAAACUCACGUGGCAAAUAUUAUAAAAGAUUCAUUGCCAAAUAAUUAUUAUAAAUUUGAAUAUUUCCCAACAAUUUAUAAUAAAAUUGGUGAAGCUUAUUCAAAACUUUCAAUUUGUCGAUGCAAUAUUAUUGUUUUGGAAAAUUUAGGAAAUGAUGAUAUUUCAGAUGCAGCAUAUUUUGCUUAUUCAUUGAAAAAACGUGCAUCAAAUCUUUGUGUAUUAAUUCUUGCAUUAUUUAACACACAAGUUACCGACAAUUAUCUCAGACGUAGUUUAGAUUUAGAAGGAAGUGCAAAAAAUAUUGAAAAUACAUUCAAAAAAGAGAACGUGGAAAUAAAAUCAAUAAUAUUUGAACCACUUGGAGAAGAAUCAAUUGUGAAAUGUAUAAAAGAUGCAAUUAAUGAAUCACAUUUAAAAGUCACCAAUGAAGACUUUAAUCAAUUAAAGGAACAUUUAUUGAUAUCGAAUAGUGGUUGCAAGGGAGCAUAUUCAAAAGUUCAACUCUUUGGAAAAGUCAUUGACUGAAAAAAAACUGUGAUUUAGAAAUAAAAAAAAAAAAAAAAAUUCUCUUCAAAAUUAGACAAAUUUCAAGAAAUUCAAAAUUUCAUUUAACUAAUAUAGAAAGAUAUUGGAAAAUUAAUAAAAUAUACCUUUAAAUCAAUUUUUGAUAGGUAUUUUUAUUAAUUUUUUUUUCUCUUUUCAAUCAUCUAAAUUAUUUUUCUCUAAUUAAUUUUUCUCAGUGUAAAUAAUCACUAUCGUGAUACAUUCCUAUAUUUAGAAAAAAAAAUAAUAAAUAACGGUUAGAAAAAGUUAGUAUUUUUAUAUUAUAUAUUUAAAAUUACACAAAUAUUUUAUUUUUUUUACGAAAAUGUAUAUUUGUGCAUUUUUGAAUCGUCGUCGUUUUUUUUUUAUAAACCUAUUAAGACUGUUGUAACAUGCUAUUAAUAUUAUAAUAUUUGUAUUCUGGAUGAAAAAUCCCACGAGUUAAUGAUAAAAAAAAGAAAAUAAUUUCUAAUUACUACGUAA